GGGGAGAAGUAAGAAAGAACCAACAAGUGGGAGGUUUCAUUGGUGGUUGUGUUUCCCACCAAGUUCACCUUUUUCUGGGACCUUGAAAUCCUUCUGCCUCUCUACUCAAGUGGGUCAUCCUUUGUGGCACCCUACUACUCCUUCCACUCCACUUGUUCUCUCUCUCUAUAUAUAUGUGGUGUCUUUGCAAUUUUACCCUUUAAUGUUUCUCUUCAAAGAUCCCUAGGCUCCUUCUAUUUUUGUACUCGGCUUAGAAAGAUCCUUUCCUUCUCAAUCUGGGAUGCUCAGUUAUUCUCGUUUUUCUUUUUCUGCUUCUUAAAGUUGUUGAUGAUGAUAUGUGUGGUGUUGUAGUACACAGAUUGCGGAACAUCUGAGGUUGGUGUAGUUUGGGGCUGCGCAUGUUUGUGUCUCAACAGUAACUAUCUGUUGUCUGGUGGAAACGAAAUUGCUCCAUUUCAAUCCUAGGCAUCUGGAUCGCCUUGAUUGGGCAACGCCUCCAAAAGGGUAUUAUUUGGCUGAAAUUUGAAACCUUUCAUGCUGUUCUUUGGAUUGAUUGUUUUGGUAUAUGGGUUUUAAGAGCUUUUUGCCAAACAAAAAAAGAAGCUUUUUGGAAUAGUUUUUUAGCUACUCUUCUUCUCUGAGAAAGUGAUUUGGAUUUGGAUUUGGGUUUCAUGCUUGGUCCAAGAUCAUUAUGGAGGUGUUUCCAUUUCUCUAGCAUUCAGUACUGUUGCUCACUGAAAAGAUAUGAAGAACAUUCUUAAGAAGCUUCAUAUCAUGUCUAACCAAUCAGAUAAUGAACAAGGUUCUUCUUCAUCGAAGGGCAAUAAGUCAAAUCUUGGUUCAUCUUCAUCCUCUAAGAAGCUAUCGCGCUCUAAGUCUCCUCAAAGUUCUGAGCACAAGCCCUUUUCUGGGCUCUCAAAUUGGUUGCAUUCAGUUACAAAUAGGCAGAGUCCUGGUCCUCCAUCUUUGAGCCAGGCAAGAGGAGAGAGAAUGGAGCCAUCUGAUGCAGUGAGCAGUGGUGGAUUGGAUGUUGUUUCAGAUUCAGCAAGGCGUGAUUCGGGGUCUAGUGCUUCCAGGGAUCCUGAAGUGGAGGAAGAGUAUCAGAUACAGUUGGCUUUGGAGCUGAGUGCAAAGGAGGAUCCUGAGGCUGUGCAGAUUGAAGCUGUUAAGCAGAUCAGUUUAGGGUCUUGUGACCCUGAUUAUACACCAGCUGAAGUUGUGGGGUACCGAUAUUGGAAUUACAAUGCUCUUGGUUAUGAUGACAAGAUCUUGGAUGGUUUCUAUGAUCUCUAUGGGAUUGAGUCAAACCCUACAAGAAUGCCUUCCCUGGUAGAUCUUCAAGGAACACUAAUCUCAGGUAGUGGCACGUGGGAAGCUGUAUUGGUCGAUAGGGAUGCUGAUUCUAAUUUGUUGAAACUUGUGGAAAAGGCCCAAGAGCUGAGUGGCAAAUCAAGUCCUGAUUUUGAAGUAGUUAUAGAUAGUAAUUUGGUGCGCAAGCUUGCAACUUUUGUGGCUGACUAUAUGGGUGGGCCAGUUGGAGAUCCUGAGAGUAUGACAAGAGCAUGGAGGAGUCUUAGUUACAGUCUGAAAGCAACCUUUGGUAGCAUGGUUUUGCCACUUGGUUCUCUAACCAUUGGAUUGGCUCGGCAUCGGGCGUUGUUAUUUAAGGUUCUAGCUGAUAGUUUGGGCAUCGCAUGUCGGUUGGUGAAAGGACUGCAAUAUACAGGUUCUGAUGAUGUGGCGAUAAACUUUGUCAAGAUUGAUGAUGGAAGGGAAUACAUUGUUGACCUAAUGGCAGAUCCUGGAACUCUUAUUCCAUCUGAUGUAACGGGAUCACAUAUGGAGUAUGAUGAAUCUUCUUUUGUGGCCAGUCCUUCAUCAAGGGAUCUUGAUUCGUCUCAUGUAGCAUCAUCGAGCAGUGGUAUUGGAAGUUCAUAUGAAGAAUCUUCUGAUUUGGGGAUGUUAGACAAAGGAAACAGAUCAAAACAUUUUUCCUAUCUAGGGAAAGAAUCGGAUAUAAGCAGGCCCACCUCAGGAAAGGAAGAAUCAACAAGACCCACAAAUGAAUUCAAAAGUUCUCACAAUGUUGCGAAGAUCAUGGGGCAAGAAGCUCCCAGCAGAUCUAAUCACCCACAUGUGCAUGCAAGAUCUCCUUCUUGGACUGAAGGGAUCAGUUCCCCUGCAGUGCGUAGAAUGAAAGUCAAAGAUGUUUCUCUAUAUAUGAUUGAUGCAGCCAAGGAGAACCCUUACUUAGCCCAGAAACUUCAUGAUGUUUUACUUGAAAGCGGUGUCGUUGCUCCUCCAAAUUUAUUUUCUGGCAUUUAUCAUGAGGAGUUAGGUUUCUCAUCUGAGGCUAAUUUCCCUACUGAAGAAAAAGAUGAACACAAACAGGGAAACAGAUGGCAAGAAGCUGACGUUGACGACAAUCUUGGUCCUGCUCGAAUUUCACCUCCUUUGUCUCAACACAGAGUUCAUCCCAAAGCAAGUUCUAGCAGUCAGCUGGAGCAUUCUAAGCCUGUAGAAGGUUUAGGAAUCAACCUUCCUCUUCAUACAAGGGAAGCAGCUGGACAACAUAUACCAACUCAGAUCAAAUAUGGGCAUAAUGUACCUGUUGCUGCAGCAGCAGCUGCUGCGGCUGCUGUUGUUGCAUCUUCUGUGGUAGUUGCUGUGGCAAAAUCAAGCAUUGACUCAAACAUUGAGCUUCCAGUAGCAGCAGCCGCUACUGCUACUGCUGCAGCAGUAGUAGCAACAACUGCUGCUGUCAGUAAACAGUAUGAGCAGGGCAGUCGCAGUGAUGGAGAUACAGACAGUGCUGGUUAUGAGCUGAAGGAUAGUGGUGAUGGAGAGCAUAUUGCUUUAGGAGCAAAUUCAGAAGGCGAGAGAAUAUCUGAUAGAUCAGUAGUAAGUAGUGAUAGCACAAAAUCUGAUUCCGCAUUAGAUGAUGUUGCUGAGGUUGACAUUCCAUGGGAGGAAAUCACGCUGGGUGAGCGUAUCGGACUCGGAUCGUAUGGGGAGGUGUACCGUGGUGAAUGGCAUGGAACUGAAGUUGCUGUAAAGAGGUUUCUAGAUCAAGAUAUAUCUGGUGAAUCACUUGAAGAAUUCAAAACUGAGGUCAAAAUAAUGAAAAGAUUGAGGCAUCCAAAUGUUGUUCUCUUCAUGGGAGCUAUAACUCGACCUCCAAAUCUUUCAAUUGUUACUGAAUUUCUUCCCAGAGGAAGUUUGUAUAGAUUACUUCACCGACCAAACAGUCAAUUAGAUGAGCGAAGGCGUUUGAAGAUGGCCCUCGAUACUGCUCGAGGAAUGAACUAUUUGCACAACUGCACUCCAGUGAUAGUGCAUCGUGAUUUGAAGUCUCCCAAUCUUCUUGUUGACAAAAAUUGGGUUGUAAAGGUAUGUGACUUUGGCUUAUCUCGUAUGAAGCAUAGCACAUUCCUUUCUUCCAGAUCAACUGCAGGAACAGCUGAGUGGAUGGCUCCUGAGGUGUUGAGAAAUGAACCAUCUAAUGAGAAGUGUGACGUUUAUAGCUUUGGGGUCAUUUUAUGGGAGCUCUCUACUUUGCAGCAACCCUGGGGGGGAAUGAAUCCAAUGCAAGUUGUUGGUGCUGUGGGUUUCCAGCAACGUCGUCUUGACAUUCCUGAUGACAUGGACCCUACCAUUGCAGAUAUUAUCAGGAAAUGCUGGCAGACAGAUCCAAAGUUGAGACCUUCAUUUGCUGAAAUAUUGGCGGCUCUGAAGCCAUUACAGAAGCCACUUAUUGGUUCUCAAGUGCCUCGACCGAGUGGACUGGGGAAGCAUGAAAAGGCUCAGUCAUCGCGCAUUGGAGAAGACUCCGCAAGAUAGGAAACAAUUACACAACUAACCAAAUCUUUGUUCAUUUUGCUGCUAAAAGGUGAGGAGUUGUCAAGUUGUAUAGUAUUUUUGGAAUUAAAAAUGUGAGUGAUUGAAGCCAUCACCUAACUUACAUUCUCGUCCACGGUUGUGAUUCUUUUCACUCGUUCCUUUUCUGUUUACUUCCUUUGUCUUCUCUUUUGUUGUUGGUUUCCCUUUUGCAAUCUGAAGUGCAGUCAUUGUCAGGUUGUACCAUUUGUUUGUACACAAUUCUUUUGUAAUUGUUGUAAUCAAUUAUAAAUUUUGUUGUCCAUAAAUAGUUAUGAAAUUUUGCAGCUGUAACUUGAACAGUUGAAAAAGAUGCACAAUGAGUGAAAAAUGUUUGUUGCUGUAAAUAGGGACCAUGUUGGUUGUUCAAAUGCUGUACAUUUUAUUUGCCUAGUUUGAUUGUGCCAACAGUUUUCUCU